AUGGCUGUCGUUACAACUCUUCCUCUGCCAUUCAACACUCUGGAACGCCACGAAGUUUCCAUGGCACUCGAAUCUUCAGCCAGUUUGCAAGCCCCUCCUUCGAGUAGCAAAACCGAAAGCUCGAAUGAGGAUAGAUACCUGGUGGUUAGCCCAUAUGAUGAAAGGCCUCAUCUGCUAGAUCUCGAGACCUUAGAUACACCAAACCAAUUACUUGCUAGAGCUCUUGUUGAAUUGAAAUGCUUGAGAGAAGAUUAUGCAACUGCGCCAUACAUCGAGACUUUCAACUGGCAAGAAAUUAUAGAUUCUCUUAGAGCGCUGGCAGGAACUUCCAAUCACACCUGGGAAGAGGAAUGUUUCUAUAUCGUUGUCUUUAGAUCUCAAGUCCCUCCUGAAACUGUCGCCCAUUACUCUGAUCUUGGUGUUCUCGACAAAGCUGCUCACGCCGAGGCUACUGAAAGUGGAGGAUUCCUCAAGUACUGGUUUGGAGUACCCGAUAGCAACGGACGAAACCUCGCAACUUGUCUUUGGCGCAGUUCUCGAGAUGCUAAAAUUGGUAGCGUCGGCCCAAAACAUCGUGUUGCAGCCAACGCUGCCAGACACAUGUAUACGGAGUGGAAAAUCGAACGCUUAAGACUCCUCGUGAAGGACGAUAUUAAAGGAUGGGAGAUUGAACAAUGGGUCGACUAG